AUGGGCCCGCCGCUGACAAGUGACCUUGAGUUUGUGGGGGACAAGGGAGUCGAAGAACUCAUUAGUAAGAUAAGUGCGAAUUAUGAGGAGUGCACAAAGUAUGAUGCGUAUAUGGCGCAUGAUGAGGGGGACGACGAUGAGGAAGUAGAUGAGGCUGAGAAAGGAUAUGAUGGAGUGGGGGGAAUUUCCCCAAAUGCAAAGACGUGCAGAAGCACAAAAAUGGCAAGUACAGAAAAGUUGCAAAAAAAGGAAAAUGCUAAUUCGAACAAUCGCGUGGAUGGGAAGGCUAAUAAGGGGUGUAAUAAAGCUGUGGUAGACAAUCUUAAAAAUUUUAUUUUUAAAAAAAAAAUGAGUAACGAUAGGAAUAGUGGGAAGGAGUCGACUUUUGGGAAACCUAGCCGGAAUGUGUUCACCAAUUUGAACGUUAAGAAGAAACGAAUAAUGGAGAGCAGCGAUGAUUCAGACGAGAACUCCCACUCGGUGAAAAAAAUUAUUGACUACGUUAAGAAGAAGAAAAAGCAGCGGAAGGGAUGA